ACGCAAUGAGCUGUCAGUGCUCUCUGCUCAGUUCAAGAAAGAUAUCCAAGAGGAUACCUUACGGAACAGGAGAAGCCGCUUUGCUACAAACUCACAACUAGUUGGAAUAUUCUUUCGCAUCUUUCUUUUCAUCUCGGAUAAAAGAAAAAAGCUCAAUCUGCAAACAUGCCAGUGUCCAGGAUGAGGAUGAGGCCAUGGCUGGAGAAGAUGAUCGACUCCAACUCCAUCUCCGGCCUGAAUUGGGUGGAUAAGGAGAGGACAAUGUUUUCGAUUCCUUGGAAACAUGCAGCUCGGCACGGUUGGGAAUUAGACAAAGACGCAUGUCUGUUCAAAGAAUGGGCCAUUCACACAGGGAAAUACAGUCCAGGACAGGCAUGCGAUCCCAAAACAUGGAAAGCCAACUUUCGAUGUGCAAUGAACUCCCUGCCUGACAUCGAGGAGGUGAAAGACCGGAGCGUCAACAAAGGUCACCAAGCCAUGCGCGUCUUCAAGAUGCUGCCUUCUGCUCCUAAAGGUAGAGACAAACGAAGCAAGGCGAGGGAAACAAAGUCAAGGAAGAAGAGCCAACCAAUCAAGAUAAAGGAAGACUCAGACUACAGUGACACCGUGUCACCCAUGAAUGCCUCCCUGCCGGAGGAAACCAUGUCCACUCAAGAAAACAGAGUUGACAGCACAGUGGAAAUGGAACAGGAAGAUUUCCCCUAUGUGCCUCAAUCAGAUGUUCCUGAUUGGUCCUUUUCGGUUGAGAUUGGAUCCGAUGUUUUAUCACCAAACUUUCCCCACAGAUUCGAAGUGUCCCCUGACCACAGCCCUGGUUACGAAUACACUCAAGACAUCAUUGAGAUUUGCCAGCAACUUGAGAAAGACUCACAAUGGAUGUACAAUUCAGACGGCAGGGGGUUCCUGAGCAAUGAAGCUUGCACGAGUCCAGGAAGCCAGUGGAGUGAAUCUUCCUCAGUAGAAGAAGUAGACGACACACCACAGUACACAACUUUGGGCACAGACUUCACAAACUCCACAGACGACUUCUGGAACAGUUUGUGUCAACAGAUCCCCCACCUGUAGUAAAGUCCCUACCACUGGAAAGGACAGUUCUUUGACUCUUUGGACUUUUGUWAAAGCUGUUCCUGACCUUCAAUCCUCCCCAAACCCCUAUCUGAGACCAAAUGUCAAGUCAGAGUCUCUCUGGUCUUGACACAUUAAGCUAAACCAUCACACACUCUGGACUACUGUGAUGUUAUGAAGAGGCCACUGGAAGAACGCAGAUGCUGCGCGUUGUCUAUGUUUUUGACUGGUUCAAAGCAUUUUUGGUGUUCACUCUUAGUUGUAAUUGUACAAAAGGUAUUUUUUUUGCUCAAACAGGGCAUUAAAAUGUUAUCCACAACCAACAAUAAUCUGGAGGUAUAUCUACCUCAAGUUCAAAUAGGCUGUCGUUGGUUGCAAAUGCUAAACCCUAACCAUUCUUGGUAUCKUAGCAUUUGUCAAGGAACUCGUGUUAAACAGGCAAGAAACUCAUCAUCAUAUUUGUUGUUUUCCGUUAAAUUUACCAGUAAACAUURGGGGAGAAAAAGAGCAAUAAUGAUUCCUUGCAUCAUAACUUUCUACAGUCUAUCUACUUGUGGUGAAAGCACUUGUUUUGUGAGAUAUUUUUGUAUAUAUUUGCUUGUGUGUUUUUUUUUAUAAAAUAAAAAUACUUUU